AUGUCAGAUGCGGCUUCUGUCCACAAGGGCAAGUCCUUCUUCCGUUCGGUUCCCUUCCAGAUUGCCGUCGCAUGUGGUGUCUCCUUCACGGCGCCGGGCAUGUGGGAUGCGCUCGGUGGACUGGGAGCAGGCGGUGCUGCAGAGCCCUACGCCGUCUCUGCUGCGAAUGCCCUUCUCUACGGUCUCUUUGCUGUGGUCUGUGUUCUUGCAGGAGCCAUCAACAACCGCAUUGGACUCAAUUACGGACUCGCCCUCGGUGCGAUUGGAUAUCCGCUCUACGGCGCUGGACUGUACACCAACAGCACCAGCACAAAUACAUGGUUCCUGCUUUUUGGCAGUGCCCUUUGUGGCAUCUCCGCUGGCUUCUUCUGGGCCGCCGAGGCCGCCAUCAUUAUCGGCUACCCGUCUCCCAGCGAUCGGGCAUUCUACCUCGCUGUCUGGCAGUCCGCCAAAGCUGCUGGUCCCAUUGUCGGCGGUUCCAUUAACCUGGGCUUGAAUGCGAACCGCAAGACCGCCGGCUCUGUGUCAUCGUCCACCUACAUUGUCUUCAUUGUAAUCAUGUGCCUUGGGCUGCCCAUUGCGCUCUGUCUUUCGCCCGCACACAAGGUGUGGCGCAAAGACGGCACCAGGAUUGUCGCGGAGCGCGCGUCUAGCUGGGGUCAAGAAUUCAAAGCCGUCGGCAAGCUGAUCGUCAGUCGUCGCGUCUUGCUCCUUCUUCCCGCCUUUUUCAUCAGCUACUUCUACAACGGCUUCAUGAGCACUUGGCUCACGAGCUACUUCACCGUUCGCUCGCGCGCUUUCAGUUCUUUCUUCACAAACUUCGCCGGCAUCUUCAGCUCUUUCAUCAUUGCCUUCCUGCUCGACAACCAGAAGAUGCACAUCAAGACCCGCGCCAAAGUCGCCUUCGUUUCCAUCGUGACGAUCCUCGUCGGGACGUGGAUCUGGGCCACCGUCUUGCAGAAGCAGUUCUACGACGCCAGCACUGCCCCCUCGUUCGACUGGUUCCAGGGCGGUUUCGGCAAAUCGUACGCCCUCAUCUUCUUCUGGCAGUUUGGCGGACAGGCAUUCCAGCAGUUUCUGUACUGGCUCGUCGGUCAGUACGCCACGGAUCUCUCCAACCUGAGUCACUACACCGGUAUCUUGCGUGGUGUGGAAGCGCUUGGCCAGACCGUGGCUUGGGCUAUGCAGUCUGAGGGUAACGCCAACCACCUUGUCUCCAUUGGCAUCAACUUUGGAUUCACGGUGUUGUGCAUCUUGCCUACCUGGAUUGUUCUGUCUGAACUCGAGGGCAGCCAUGAGGUGGUCGUCAUCGAGGAUAUUGAGGCCGAGAACAAGCUAUCCGGCAAUGCGUGA